CCUCUGACUUUUCACUCCAGUCAACUUAUUUCCUACUCAAGAUACUCACAAGUCACAACAAUACAUAAACAUCUCAGAAAGUGUUUUUUUUUUCAGAAUCAUUUCUGUUUCAUUGGUCUGAAUUAUCUUCAUAAUUAUCAAAGGCUCACCGAGUUCAGGGAAGGAUGGUUGCGUUUGGGAAGAAGUUAAAGGACAGACAAAUUCAAGAAUGGCAGGGAUAUUACAUUAACUAUAAGUUAAUGAAAAAGAAAGUUAGACAGUAUGCUCAACAAAUGGAGGUUGGAGCGCAAGAUCGUCGUCAUGUUCUCAAAGAAUUUUCAAGGAUGCUAGAUAAACAGAUUGAAAAAAUUGUCUUGUUUCUUUUGGAACAACAAGGCUUACUUGCUAGCAGGAUAGCGAAGCUUGGAGAGCAGCACGAAUAUCUUGUACAUCAGCAAGAGAUAUCCGAAAUAUCUGCACUACGCGAGGCGUAUAGAGCAGCAGGACAAGAUCUCUUGAAGCUGCUCUUUUUUGUUGAGGUUAAUGCAAUUGGCCUGCGGAAGAUACUGAAGAAGUUUGAUAAGCGCUUUCACUACAAAUUCACCGAUUACUAUGUCACAACACGUGCAAAUCACCCAUAUUCCCAGCUGCAACAAGUAUUCAAGCAUGUGGGGAUCUGGGCCGUAGUAGGAGCCAUUUCUCGCAAUCUUGCGGAUCUUCAGGAUCGCCAGGGGAGCUACUUGUCCAUUUAUGAUCAGCCAUCUCUUCCAAUACAGGAGCCUGUUAUCGAUUCAAUUAAAACAGCUAUAGACAGGUUAUCUCGCUCAACAAACUUUCUCAACUUUCUAGGUCAGCAUGCACUGAUUGUGCAAGAAGAAGAGUUACCAUCUGCAGUUGAUGAUCAAGUUGAUGACGAGAACUAUGCUUUUAUGUCACUUCUAUUGAACUUGGUGAACACAUUUCUCUAUAUGGUCAACACCUAUAUCAUUGUACCGACAGCAGACGACUACUCUACAAGCCUUGGAGCCGCACCAACAGUCUGUGGGGUUGUGAUUGGGGCGAUGGCUGUUGCUCAAGUGUUUUCUUCCGUUUACUUUAGUGCAUGGUCAAACAAAUCAUACUUCAGACCUCUUAUAUUUAGCAGUAUUGUUCUGUUUUUCGGGAAUGCCAUGUAUGCGUUGGCAUUUGAUCUCGACUCCAUAGCAGUCCUUCUAAUCGGUCGUCUAUUAUGUGGAUUUGGAUCUGCAAGAGCUGUUAACAGGCGUUAUAUCAGUGAUUGUGUGCCUCUAAAGAUAAGAAUGCAAGCUUCUGCAGGUUUUGUUAGUGCUAGUGCUUUAGGGAUGGCAUGCGGUCCUGCUCUUGCUGGCUUACUUCAGGCAAACUUCAAGAUUUACAGGAUCACAUUUAAUGCAAACACAUUACCAGGCUGGGUUAUGGCUCUGGCGUGGCUAGUCUAUCUUGUGUGGUUGUGGAUUUCGUUUAAGGAGCCUAUUCGUCAAAAUGAAGAAAAUGAUACUGCUGAGGAAGUUAAUCCUGGAGUAGGAAAUGGCGAGCUAGAAAGCCGACUGACAGAACGCUUACUCUUAACUUCAGAAGAUAAGCAACAAGAUGAAGAUGAUGAUGAUAGUGAAGAAGCUUCUGAGGAAUCUCGGAAGCCAGCUAGUUCAAUUCGAGAAGCCUAUAGAUUGCUUACACCGUCUGUCAAGGUCCAGUUGUUGAUUUAUUUUAUGCUCAAAUAUGCAAUGGAAAUUUUACUUUCUGAAUCUAGUGUAGUCACUACAUACUACUUCAGUUGGUCCACUAGUUCAGUAGCAAUUUUUCUUGCUUGCCUGGGGAUAACAGUUCUUCCCGUAAACAUUUUCGUUGGAAGCUACGUCAGCAACAUGUUUGAGGACAGGCAGAUUUUAUUGGCAUCUGAAAUUAUGGUAUGCAUUGGAAUACUCUCAAGCUUCCAUAUCAUAAGCCCAUAUUCUGCGCCUCAAUACAUCUGCUCAGCAUUUAUCACAUUCGUAUUUGCUGAAGUUCUUGAAGGUGUCAAUCUAGCACUUCUAUCUCGAGUGAUGUCAUCAAGGCUAGCUCGUGGAACCUACAAUGGUGGAUUGCUGUCAACAGAAGCUGGAACUUUGGCUAGGGUGAUUGCAGAUGUGACAAUAACACUAGCUGGGUACUUGGGUCAGAGUAGUCUCUUGAAUGUAACCCUGCUUCCAUCACUUAUUAUAUGUUGCGGUUCCAUUGUUGCCACCCUUUACACCUACAAUUCUCUCUACUGAUUCAUUUUUGUCAACAUGACCUAAUCGUAUUCACAUUUAUCCUUCAAUCUCUUGCCCGCAGUCAUCUCUUUUCAUCUACUCCUUUUCUUUUUCCCUUCAUUUUCUAUUUCUAAGUAUUUCUAUUUUUGCGGGUAAUGUGAAAUAAAACUAGCUCAAUUUCCUUGAUUUCAUGGGAAGUCGUGUACUGCAUUUUUUUUUUUCCUUUUCUUGUUAUGGCAAAAGUAAUUUUAUUAACUAGCAAAUAUAGUACAAGAGAUUUACAAUUUCAUUGUUAUCAAAAACAUUAGAGAGAAUGUUAGUUUUCUG